AUGGCUCAGCAUACAGAACAAAGGCCAUCCAUACCUAUACCACAGGGCUUCUCGUCGGCGAGUACUUUACGGUCGGAGGCGAUGCCCUUCAAAACAGCCUAUUCCCAUCAAAUUCCAACCGACGUACAGAAUAGUUCAGGUAAACCAUUGAAAAAGCCGGCAGGUUCUAUUCUAGCGCUUAUCUUCGAGGGGUUUCUGUGCUUGAUCGCCUUAUGCUUUAUAGCACUCGCACUCGUGGCAUUGUGCAUCAGGAACAGACCAACAGGCGAUAGCCUGGGAUCUGCCAUGGAGGAGUCCAUGAAAUUGGGCCCAACUUUAUACCCCAUCCUCUUUGCGGCCUUACUUUCCCGCUCUCUAAAAAGUCUCGGUCGGUAUUUCGCCCAACGGUCUGUUCGCAUGUCGACAUUAUGGGCCCUGAUGAAUACCAACUCGACGGCGGAUCCCCUCCUACAUAUUGUCAGUAUGCCUGCCUCUGUUCUUGUAUGGGUACUAUUGGUUCUGUGGGCCAUGUCGCCAUUAGGGGGCCAGAGCACUAUUCGGCUACUAUAUAAAACAAAUACAACUGACAUAACUCACCCCGAACUUCGCUAUUGGGAUAGCGGUCCAUUGGGAAAUAUGCUUGUUAGAGUGGGGAUCAUGGAAGCAAAUGAUGGCAGCUUCCCAUGGACGAUGCGAGACAUGUAUUCUGCCAGCCUGAUGCAGAGUGUUGACACCAAAGUUGGACCGCUUGAUCAAUGGGGAAAUGUGAAGAUUCCACGCUUGGAAGCAGGAAACGCAUCACAAGCUGACUCCGCUGGAUGGAUGCCCAUCAAGAGACCGCGUUCGCCCGAGACAUUCACAUCUCUACUUGGUAUGCCGAUAGUCAGCCUGCCAGAGAUGAAAAAGCAAGGAGAUCUCAAUUUCACAAUCGAAAUGACAUAUGUCGAGCUCUCAAACCCAAAAACGUUCUACAGAGAGAAGAACAGCACUAAUAAUGAUGGAAAAGGAAUGAACAUAGAAUGCAUUGACUGCAAUCUUAAUCAGCAAAGCUUUUUUGUUCGGUCACAAAAGCUUAUGGGUCUGCCUACGGAUUAUUACGACGGACUGGAUACCAAUAUGCGGAACCUCACCGAACCACUUACCCUUCGGUUUAACAACACUCUUUACAACACCUCAGUCACAACAUGCCAGGUAACUCAACGCAUGGUGGAAGCAUUCAUUGAGUGCGAGAAUGGGAGCUGCGAAGCUACCAAGGUCCGCCCAUCAACCACCGAUCACCGUCCAAAAAACUUCACAAGCUUCGACUACUGGGCAUGGAUCGUCCUGGAAUUGAUAACCGGCGUUAGCUGGCAAGACUACCAACGAGAAGUAAUGUGGGGCGGAGGCUCGUCUACGCUGUUUCUAAAUAAUUCUGGUUUGUUUCCCACCCAAUCGGGAAGAGCCGGUGAAGAAGUACAACUCAACCUGACCGCGCUUGAUCCGGAGGUGUUUACUACGCGGGCAUCCAUUCUGCUGAAUACUGGAAUUGAGGUCUUCAUGGCCCCCACGGCAUUUUCUGGUCAGCUACCAACCAACCUAAGCAUGUACGGACCGGCCCAUCUACCCGGUAAUGGACUUGAAGUCACGGCCUCGGAAGAGGAUUACAAGGCUUUCAAUAUAUCAGUGUCUCGACCCCCAAAUCCGGUCUUGGAAGUCCUAAGGGCUGAUGCACCUUUCGUGGGAGCCACGACCAAUGCCACUUUUGUGCGUUACACAGAAGUCUACCGGCCAGAUUACGUCUGGGUAAUUAUCCUCAUUAUAACCUCAAUUGUCCUGUUUACGGUUGGAGUCGCGGGAAUCGUUGUCAGGCUGAAAACGCUGGCGCCAAAUAUGUUUGACCCCGUGGUGGGCUUGACAUACAACAACCCGUAUAUCUCCGCAAACGGGAAAGAUUACGAUCCACUUGACGCGGAUGAACGGGCCAGACUCUUUUCUAAAAAGACGGUUCAACUGGGUGAAGUGGAUGACUACAAAGGAAUCAAGGCUGUCCUUGGUGAAGCGGGCUAUGUUACGCCAUUGCGGCUGGGUGUUCCAUAUCACUGA